UGUUACUCAGACAGGCAUCGUCUGUCUGACCUGCUGUCUGUUUCUCAGCUGCAGACAGAAUAAGAACAGCAGUGCUCUGAGCUGAAGAUCUUCUCUGAAGCUUCAUGAUGGUCUGGGCUCUACUCUGCAUGUGCUUCCUCACUGUGGUGAUUCCAGCAGAAGGACAAACAGCCUCGUGGCAGAAAGAAAAUCUACAGGGACAGAUGUUCAGCGUGAUGUCUGGUGGAGAAGUCCGGUUCCGUUCAGACGCUCUCUCUAACGUCACCGGACUCACCGUCUGCAUGAGGGUUCUGAUUGAGAAACGCUACUACAGAGUUCAGCUCACGUUUGGGAACAGCACUGAUGGAGUCUCUUAUACGGGACCUGUUACCACUGUUCCUCAGCACUACUUAUAUGUAGAAGGUGACACAGUGAGCUUUGAGACGUUCUCAAUGAUGCCGUCUUUUGCGCAGCAGUGGCCGUGGAGGAACAGGUGCUUCACCUGGGAGUCCAGCAGUGGAAUGGCCCAGCUGUGGUUUGACUCCACAAUGAGCAUCCGCAAAGGCGUCGGCAGAGGACAGGUGUUUUCUGGCCAGGCUGAAUUAACGAUAUCAGGAUUUGAGGGUCAGGUGUCCGACGUCUACGUUUGGGACUCGGCUCUUUCUGUGAAGAAUCUCUACUGUUACCUCACUCUCAAUCACAGCUUCCCACCCGGCAGCGUUCUGGACUGGAAGCACAUUCAGUACAGCACCAGCGGCUACGCUCUGCUGGAGCCCACUUACGUUAGACCCUUUUCAGAGAAGCCCACAAGACGGAGGAAGCAGAAACGAGAACGCGGCCUGAGAAGAUAUUAACGAAGCUUUUAUGAACAGUAACAACACAGUACACAAUCUUCAUGAUAAAACAGGGGGUCUUAAGUCCGGCCCCCAGUUUAGUGUGCAUUACAGCAGACCAGACAUUAAGUGAGCUAAAGAGCCUUUAUUUCUCUCAUUUACUCCUCAGUUUGGGCUCCUCUGUGAUAAAAUAGCUGAACUUCAUCCAGUGUCCAGUCAGAUCUCAGCAAAUAUCUUCUCGCUGAUGUUCUUCAUGCUUUUCAUUGCCAUCUGGACGUCCACUCUUGUUUCUUGCAGAACACUUAUAGUUAUGUGAUAAUCUUGCAUGUAGAACAUG